CCACGCAUCAGGCCCAUUGUUAGCUUUACUUUCGUCUCACUUAUGACUGCGACUCACCUUGUUUGCCGCUGAGUAUUCACUGUAGCGAUGGAAGCGGACGCCGAGACCCCAGCUUCGGGGUCGCCCUUGUCUGAUAUUGACUCGGACGAAUUUCCUGAAGAUGUCAAAUUUAACCAGAGGAUACGUUCGCAUUCAAGAGAAUCUACCGUUUCCGCCUCCGAUGACGGUUCGGCCUCUCCUGUGAGCGUCACAGGGAGAGCGAUCGAGAUGCCUCCAACCAAACGCCGCAAGACUGGCACGUCGAGCUACGAUCAUGCAACUCCUCAAUCUGCUUCUACAGCCAAUCCUCCUCGAUCACCAACAGGCUCAAUAUCGAGCGACACGUCAGGCUCCGUCCCUACUUCACCUUCCUUCGCGCACCUUGGCCCGACCCAUCCUCUGUCGACUGCCUACGCGGCUGCUCAAGCCAACCCGGAAAAUCCAGAAUUGGCGGACUAUGUCCAAGUGACAAAAUGUCUGUGGGACAACUGCGAAGAUCGGGAACAAGGAAACAUGGACAAUUUGGUUGCGCACAUCAACGAUGUACACAUCAUUCCGCGCCAGAAGAAAUACUACUGCGAAUGGGAGGGCUGCGCUCGGAAAGGCCAACCUCACACCAGUGCCUACGCGUUGAAAGCGCACAUGAGAAGUCAUACUAAGGAGAAGCCAUUCAUGUGUGCCUUGCCAGAAUGUGACCGCAGUUUCACUAGGUCUGACGCGCUCGCGAAGCAUAUGCGAACUGUGCACGAAACAGAGGCUCUCCGACCCAGUGAUCCCGUUCCCAGAGGUCACACCGGAGGAAUCUCAAAUGGAGGUGCAUCUGCAGUGCCAAUCAAAAGACUCAAGCUGACAAUGGGCGGGAAAUCCAAUGGUGACAAGAAAGCGAACUUGAUUGGAGAACUACCACCAUUGCCGACAAGACACACUGUGGCUGCCAUGGGCAUCAGCCUGGAGGACGUGGAAAUGGCCGACGCGGAUGGAAACGAGGAACUCGCGGACGCAGUCGACGUCGACAGUGUUCCAAUGACUCUGCCUGUACCUCCCGAGUACUAUCCAGCCGACGUGUAUGAAGACAUGGACGACUACGAGCGAAGCCUGCCACCUUCUCAAUAUUACCGCCUUUUGCGCCGCCAAAUCCACUGGGCUGAAGAGGAAGGAGUUGAGUUGCAGCGUGAAUUGGAAGACUUGCGGGCUACCACUGAAGAUGCACAGGGCAACCUGGUCAAGAAGGGUCUCGGUGAUGAGAAAGGCGCCGACGACAAUCGCAGAGCAGAAUGGCAGCGCACCGAGGAGAUGCUGGAUGCUGUUUUGCGAGCCGAGACAGGUAAAGUGUGGGAGAUGUUCACAGGCAAGAAGCCAGCAGACGGUCAGCAGAAUCCAUGGGAGUUGCUCAAGGCUUUGGAAGGGGCAACGUCACUGCCACAAUAGUUGGAGCGAGCACCAAGCUUGUCAUCGAAGUCGGACGUCAGUAGUCAUUGGAUGUCCUAGAAGACCUCCAUGAAUGCAUUAUGCAUGGUCUUGAUCUCUGA